AUGACAUGCUGGAAGAGCUUGUUGAAUAAUCUUAAUCAUCCCAAUUGUGCACCCCCCAAUAGAAAAAUAGCAACAGUAUUGAAGCUAUAUCAAUUCUUAUAUCGAGAUACAGUCUAUGAUCUUCGGAUAUUCAGCGAAAAUCAAGUUUUCGAUACUCUGUCACGGAUACGCGAAGAAGAGAAUUUAUACCGAAGAUUAGAAAAUCUCUUUAGAGAUGAGAUCUUUCUUCAGUGUUUGAAUGUAUUCAUAUUUAUCUCAGGUUGGCCGUCCGUGCUUCCGAUGAAGAUACCAAGUACUCGUGAUAUAUGCACAGAGAUACUGCAGCCCUUGAUUGAUAGUCAUUUGGACUGGCAGAAGAAAGCAGUUCAAGCAUCAUCAGAAGCAGACCUUCACAUAUACUUUGGUGGUCCACGCUCGCCGUUUCUUCCCCUUCUUGGUGUACCUGGUCGCAACGGUCCUUCAUUAUCAACAAACGCACGCAUCCACGUUUAUAGACCAUUCUUGCAGAAAUUGUCAUCGGACGAGGUUAAGAGAUUAGAAGAGCAGGCUCCUUUAGAAACGGUUGACCUUGACACCGGGAUUGUUUUCACAAUGCUUCACGAUCUUUACAACAACUCGUCUGAAAAUGUCAGACUCCAAGGUGCUUACAAACAUACAUCAGUCGCUAUGCUGAUUGAACGUGUGCUCAACUCUGAUGAACCACGAUUAGUAUUGAAUCUGAAUUCAGAGAAACGUAAUACGUUCAAAUCGUUGACAGAUAUCAUUAAGAAGAGCAAGACGGAUGUUAUUCAGCCAAUAGUGUCCAAGAGAAUACAACAACUUGCAGCAGACGUUAAUGUUUUGAAGGAGGCUAUCGGAGCAGACGAUAUGGCGUCUCAUAGUGCAGCAGUUAAUAGUGUGGAAGAGGAUGUCUUUAUUAUCAAACACGCAACAAGGCUCUUGUUGUGCUUGUGUCUCAAUGAUGAAAACGCGCUGAACAGCCUUCUUAAAUAUCUCAAUCUACGUCAAUGGCUAUUGUCUGCUCUCGCGCAAUGUCAAUCUGAAGAGUCGAGACAGGAAAUUGCACGAAUGAUAUUACAAGAAAGUUCAAAGAAAUCAUAUGAAGCAACGCGUUUCUGUCGUGCAUAUAAGGACUAUGACGGACAACCUCUCAAUGUUGCCGUACAGAUGGAUGUUUUGCUGGAUUAUUUGACCGAUUGGAGAACAGUGUGA